UGUUAGUUUUGAACUUUGAACACAUGGACUUUACAACUUCAUCAACACCAGUGUUUUUAUACACGUGUACAAAAUGGCAGGCAGCACUGGUGUAAACUUUAAAACCCUAAUUUGUUUCUUUGCUUUAUUUCAUGAAUGUUUUUCACUCACUUUUGGAGCUGGGAAAACUUACAAAUAUUCAUAUGAAACAGUUGUAAAUUUCAAUGAAGCUGUUUCAAAUGGGAAAUCAGUAGGAUUUAAGUUGACUACAGAAUUCGAUAUUGGAGUUAUAUUCAAAGCUGGUGAAUUGCAGCUUCUAAAAGUGCAGGUUACUGCUGCAUCCAUCUCAAGUUUUGCCAGACAUGAAGUUAAAGGGGAAUUAGUAAAGCUUCUAAAGUAUCCCAUUUAUUUUGAAUAUACUAAUGGAGUUAUUGGAAAAAUAUAUGCCUCUGAAAUUGAAUCAGUAUUUUGUGCCAAUGUUAAGAAGGGACUUCUUUCACUGUUUCAAAUCCAGGAAACUGAGGGACAGAGAGAUGAGGUUGAUGUCUCUGGAGAGUGCAGUGCCUACUAUGCAGUGUAUGGAGGCAGAAUCACAAAAACUAAGCAGAACUGUCAGAAUGUGGAGAUAGCAGGAGAGUUUGAUAAUGUCAACAAGGUUUUGGGUGUAUCUGUGGACAAUACUUUUGUAACACAUUAUGACAUAGCUGAGGGUGUCAUUAAGUCAGCCAGCGGUUCCUCCAGACACUCUGUAAUCACUAACGCAAGACCACAGCUUGGUGCUGCUGUUGUUGCUAUACAGCGAUUAAGUUACAUCCGUGAAGAAGAUGGUACUGCUUAUGUUGAAGCAACCAGUGCACAAGAAGCAAUUAGUUUAUUAUAUAAAGAUGAACCUAAAAAGUAUCAAGAGAUGUUACUGCCUAGUGGACCAGAAGUACAAGAAUGCAUAGAAGAUUGUGAAAAGCCUGUCUCUGUUUUACAAAGUGUCAAAGAAGACUUGACAAGUGACAAGCUAUCAAAAAUUGUCUCAGGGAAAGCUUUUUUAAAACUUCUGAGUGCAUUUAGAAAUUCUGGUAAAUCAACAAUAGAGGAAGUUAUGACACAUAAAGACAGUUAUCAUAUCGUAAAACAGCUGAUAGAUGUGGGUGUGGCCACACAGACUCUGGCUGCCCAUGAAGCGCUAAUGCAACUGAUCUCAUUUACUGAUAAAGAUGCCAUAGACUACCCUGAGCGGUUCAUUUUAGCCUCGGCAUAUGCAACUCAUCCUGGCGAAUAUCUACUAAAAGAUAUGCUUGAACUUAUGAAAAAGAAAGUUCCUAAUGAAAGUCUUAGAGAGUCCAUAGCUCUUGGUCUGGGAGCAGUAGUGAAUUCUUUUUGUAAACCAUAUGGAAACUGUUUGGACUAUCAUAUAAUUGCAGAAUAUGUGAACUAUGUGGAAUCUGAACUGAAAGCUUGUGUGGAGGAGGGAUGUAUAUUACUAUACAUUAGAUCUGUUGGAAAUUCAGGUCUUCCCAAGUUUUUGCCAUUACUACUAGAUCAGGCACAAAACUCUCAAAGUUCAGCUGUGUCAUUGACUGCCAUUCAGAGUCUGAGGAGGAUGCAGAUUAAUGAUUUCAGACAAGAGGUAUUUCCAGUACUGAAGUCAAUAUUUCAUCAGAAUAAGAGAAAAUAUGAUUCAAGUGUUCGAAUUGCUGCUCUUGAAAUUCUUUUACAAAAUGGAGUUUCAACUGGAGAGCUAUGUAAUAUUGUGCUGUCAGCAAUUUAUGAUCAAACAGAAUUUGAAGUUUCAACGUAUCUCAUAAAGAGACUAAGAGAUCUGUCAGAAUCAGAUCCUAAUUUCAGGACGAGUUUAAGUAUAGUUCUAUCAGACUCAAGGGUGAAUAACUAUAAUCUCUUUGCUCAGAGAGGGAAGUCAAGCGCCUUCACUGGAUAUCUUGCAGAGACUGCUGGGAGCAACUGUACAUAUGGUUUGUACCAGGAGAAUACCAAAACAGGAGUCAUGAAGAAGAGCGCCAUGGUUGUUAAUGUCUUAAACAAGCAGGCAACACAACCCUUACUAACAUUUGGAAUUUAUGCAGAUGGAAUAGAGGCACUGGUAGGUGAUGCAGCAGAAGGGGAGGAGGCAGUGGAUGCUACAGCAGGCCUGUCACUGACAAUGUUGGAUGUCCUGCUCCGUCCAGUGGAAUUUUUUAGAGGAAUGAGUGGACUAAUGUCAGCUGUAUGGAGUGCCCCUUCGGAACCUGUAUCUGCUCUCCAGGGAAAUUUACUUUUGCAAGAUUAUUCUCAUAAAAUACACAUGUCCAAUGGUUUGGUUGUGGAUGCCAGUAUUUUGGGUGUGGCUUCCAUUGAUCUGUCCGGAAGUGUAAGCAUCAGUCUGUGGUACAAAAAUUCUCAUUCAGUCAUCACCAACAGUGGAGCUUUAGUCACAAAAGGAUCUCUCCAAAUUGACUCCAAGGAACUUCGUUCUGGAAUCAAAUUUUCAACAGAAUCUGAAGCUUUUAUUGAUUUCCAAACUGAUGUGGACUUUGCAGAGAUGCCUGUUAAAAUGUGUUUGCAAAUGAAAAGGCCUCCCGUUACCUCAAGCCAUUUUGUAGAGAAAUUUGAGAAAUCAAGACAUUUAAAAAAGAGACUUGCCAUCAGAAAGAAGAGAUCAAGUGCAACACCUCCAGUCUCGUAUUUUAUAAAUGAAAAGAACUCUGCCAUGUGUACCACUAUGGAUCCUGACAAUUAAGGUACAAAAGGUGAAGGACCCACCUAAAAAUUACUGAUUCUGUAGAAGCGGAUGUGAAUGCUGUGUAAAAUCUAUAUAUUAUAUUCGAGAGUCAGUUUUAAAAUACUCAGUCCAUCAUUUUACAUUCUUUUUGAAACUUUAAUUUGCUAGAUCAGUAUGAUCAUUUAUUUGUUUUGAAAAAAUAAAAUCAAAUUAAUAAUGAG